AACUACAUAUACUCCACCCCUAAAUUUUGAUUUUCCAUAUCCAUAAUCUCAUUUUUCCACAAAGAAUCAACCUGAAAUCAUUCAUGGCUUCUGCGUCAAUUCCUUUCUGUUCCCAAUUUUCCGGCACCGGAGUUUCCUCGGCGCGAUCGCGGCGGAGCGGUGUGGCGUUCCGUCAGCCGAUUUCCACCGUCUCCGCCUCCUGUGCUACGGCGGAGCGGACCAGCAGCGGCGCCGCCACGCACGCCUCGCUCUACGAAGUUCUCGGGAUUCAGACGGGCGCCACGUGUCAGGAAAUCAAGGCUGCAUACAGGAGGCUGGCUAGGGUUUUGCAUCCGGACGUCGCGUCUAGCUUUCGCCGGGAAUCGUCGGACGAAGACUUCAUCAGAGUGCACGCGGCGUACGUCACUCUCUCCGAUCCACAAAAGCGUGCGAAUUACGACCGGACUCUGUUCCGGCCGGGGCAGAGCAGGCCGCCGGUUGUGUUUUCUGGUGUUAACAGUCGCCGGAAUUGGGAAACUGAUCAAUGCUGGUAGCUGAAGGGAGUGAUAAUCACAUAUUAGGCUUAAUUCUUUGAUUUUAUGAGCAGGUUACCUUUAAUCUCGCUAUAACUUCAUUGACGACAAGUUUGAAACUCAAAAUUUUGCUGUAAAUCCUAAGUUUUCAUGAGUUUAAGUCUGAAUAUUCAUUAAUGUGCAAAAGAUGCUUCAACAAAUUGCUUAUCGA